AUGCGAUACGAUACGCUAAUAUUUGUGACGAUAUUUUUUACUCAAUCUUUGUGUUUGACGCCGCAAUGCAGAAACGAAAAAGGGGAACCCGUGGAUUGGUUCUACAUGUACAAGUUACCGAGGGAACGGAACCACUUGAAUCCUCUGGUGCGUAAGGGCGUGGCGUACAUGUACCUUACUCCGUCGAAGUUACGCGGUGGCUGGAUCAUGUCCGACUUGGCCAUCAGUGACCCGCGUUCGAUGGUGGGGAGGACACUAGCGCCUUUGUACCAGGAUAAAAGCAUAAUCUCAGUCGUGUAUAACGAUCAGCCGCCGGCCGCUGAAAAUCAACCGGAUGUGUUGCAAUCCGUUGCUGAUAUGUAUUCCAAGAGUAAAAAAGGUCUGGGAAAGCAAGCUGGGGUGAAGAAAUUUAAGAAGUUCAAACUCGGUGAUAAGUAUUACGACGACUACGAUUUGGCUGAGAUGUGCAAAAUGCACUCGAAGUUCAUGAAGACGCGAGUGGAAAGCGGUCACACUAAAGGAGUGCUACUUGGUGAUAAGUUCACGUCACUGUGGCUGGUGCAUUCCGUGCCUAGGUUCCCGCCCUUGCCUGACAUGCACGGAUUAAACGUGAGCGGAUACGACUAUCCAACCACCGGCAUGAAGUAUGGGCAGUCUUUCCUUUGUGUGUCAGUGCAGACCUCCACUUUAAACCAGAUCGCCACCCAGCUGAAGUACAACGAGCCGAUGAUAGUCCACCACCAUAUACCGCCGGAGUUCGAGAGCGAACUGCCCAACUUAGUCGAUGUCGUCAACAAUAAGACGAUUGAUGCGUCGCCUUGGUAUCACAUAGAGAGCUUCGAGACGUUAGUGGGUCGCAAAUUCUUAUCGUUCGCAAAGAGUGCGAUGUUCAACGACGAUCUGUACAGUGGAUUGGUGGCAGAGGUGCUACAGUCAGAUUUAUUAGUGGAAUCGUGGACUAACGGCCCGGGAACUUUGGACUCGGAGUGCAGCAGAAACUUCCAAGUAAGGAACAUAGAACGACUUAAGUUCCCGAUAGCGAAGAUGUCGUUCACUUCCCACAACGACCACUCCAAGUGGGCGGUGGCGGUCGCUCACAAGAUGCACAACAGUCAAGACACUAAAGUGGCCGACUACUGGGUCUGCGUGGGGGACAUCAAUAGGGCGUUACCUCAAGAAUCACGAGGUGGCGGAACCGUGUGUACCUCUGGACCAAUAUUGUGGGGCAACUUUGCUCAUCUCAUCGACUCUGUACAAACGUGGUACAUAUACAAGCCCCCCGAUGUAUCGCUCCCAUACCUUCGACUGGGUAACAACUUCACGUACAUCACACCGGCCACUAAAGGACGCUGGCAGUAUUCAAACACCCACCUCAACGCAAACUCCAUGUUGCAACACACAUUGUCGCCGUUGUUCAGGUCAACCUAUUCGCAUCAUAUAGCAGCGAUAGCGUACGACCGGAGGGCCUCCAGAAAAGAUGACAUAGGAACUUCUGCUUUCGGUGUACUGAUGGCGGACGAGCUAGGAGGUGCUUGGAUAGGCCACUCUGUACCUGGACUUUUGGACUUGAGCAAGGACAGGCCUACAUUCCCGAUGAACGAAAGCGCCAAUGGCCACAUCUUGAUGUGCUUAUCACUAGACUUGUUCACCCUGAACAAGAUCGGGGCUCAAGUCAAACAAUUAAAUCCAAAAUUCACUGCGAUCCACGUACCUCCCGGUAUGGAAAAACAUUUGCCAAUGUGGAAUUAUUUGAAAAGCCCUGAGCGUUCUGUUUUUAUAAGUAUCAAACAGGGGCGAACAUUAAAUUUUAACACAAAAAAGAACUCUUUGCGGGGUUUUCUGAUGGUGCGCCAGCCUGGUGACUCGAGUUGCUUGUAUGUGAGAUUUGCCAGGAGCAACCACAUAGUUAUAGAUGUUUAUGGCCAUAGGCAUCAUAGGAAACCAGUAUGUGAGCCGGAGUACAGUGUCCGUAACAUCGAUACAAUAUCCAUAAAGGCACCAGGACACGUUAGCUAUAUUCUGAACAAGAAGGAACAAGCAGGUUUCGCGGUUAGCACUGCAGCGCAUUGGCAAAGAACUGGGUCUGGUCCUGAACAGUACUGGGCUUGCAUCCAUAGUUAUGACGGGAGACAUUCGAAUGAGGCUAUAAUCGUAUGCGUCAACGAUUACAAUGUUUGGCUGAGUUUCGAUAACUUGAAGACGAAGGAACCCGAAUGUUAG